CGACAGACAGUUAGCACAUGACCGCACAAAGCGCGAGUCACAGCAACACAUCAGGAAGAUUAUGCUUCUAAAUUACGGCGAAAGGGGCCUAUUCUGAUGUGUGCAGGAGGAAAAAGUGUGGACAAUGUUUGUGUUUGUGCCUGGAAGUUUCUGACAGAUUCGGCUCCUCCCCUUCCAUCUCUGAAAACUCCAACUCUAUGAAACGUUGAAGUUGCACACUCAUUCCGCAAUCAUGCAGACGGAUCCCGUAUUAGUCGAAUCCGCAGUGGUGUUCGCCAUAGUUGUUUCCGUCCAUGUGGCCGUUUGGAAUCAGCUGUCCUGGUGCUGUAUUGCUCUGGCCGUCCAGGCUUUCUACAUGCAGCACAAAUGGGACCGCCUCCUUCGCACCGGCGCCGCCAUAUUCCAGUUCCGUCCCGCGGCCAACAGCGGUAUCUUACCAGCCAGCAUGGUGCUGCCGCUACUUGGUCUCGCCUUGAGGGUGCGCUGCGUUGCAGUUGGAAACAUCUACUUUGAACGCUUCGCCAUGGUGAUAACGGUAAUCGGUAUGAUGUUGGUGCUGUUUCUGUCACUUAUAGCACUGGGCAUCACGCGGCCGGUACCCACGAACACCUGUGUUAUAGCUGGCAUCGCAGGCGCCACCAUCCUGUACACAGUGAAGCAAACACUGACCGUUUCAGAGGUGAUUGAAGUCUUGGAGGUGUUGUUGAUAUUUGUGUACCUAAGUUUGAUCCUGUUGUACCUGCUUCCACGCUGCUUCACGCCCGGCGAAGCGCUCCUCAUCCUUGGCGGGAUUAGUUUAAUUAUCAACCAGCUAAUCAAGCGAUCUUUAGCAUCGUCUGAGAAUGCAAAAGGCGACCCACUUCCGUUCUUCCUCCCGGUUGCCGUGUUGGGCUUCGUGCUGUUGGGAAUCUUCUUUGCUGUGCUUUUCAUAUUCAUGGAAUCAGAAACAUUGGCAGCUUCUUUAUUCUUCCAUACUAUGACGGCCGUUUUGGGGUUGGGUUUAUUGGUGCCCUGGUUGUCGCUGCUCACCCAGCAUCACCCCAUCACCUGGUUGCUACAUUUCCUCACCCAGAGCAACACUCGACUCUGGCUUAUUGCAUUCUGGGCAGCCCUGGUGCUAUUGGCAGUUGCUGUGGUGAUGCAUCAAAACAGCCAUCGCUCAAGCGGGAGUAAGAAACACCAGGCAUCAACGACAGUGCGGAAAUAUUUCCACUUCCUUACCGUGUUGACCUUCGCCCCUGGACUGGCCCUCGACCGCCCCCUGCUUCAUCUAGCUGCGGUCGGAUGCCUCUCAGCAUUCCUUUUCUUGGAAUUCGUUCGCUAUUUCCGAAUCCGACCACUUGGCCCUCCACUCCGACGGCUUCUCACCUUAUUCCUGGAUGAGAGAGACUCCGGACCCCUUAUCCUCACCCACAUCUACCUGCUCCUGGGUAUCGCCCUUCCUGUCUGGCUCUCACCCGAGCCCUGCACCCCCAAAGGAGGGUUAGGGGGUGCCGGUGGGCUUGUACCCUAUGCAGGGGUGCUGGCUGUAGGUGUUGGCGACGCUGUUGCGUCUGUCUUUGGAAGCACGGUAGGCGAGAUCCGCUGGCCCGGCACCAAGAAGACUUUCGAGGGCACGGUGAGCUCCGUUUUUGCUCAGAUCAUCGCCGUGGUGAUUUUCCUCAUCGCCGACAGCAGUAUAAACCUGAACGCCAGUUAUUCGUGGGUGGUGGGAUCCAUCACGAUGGUCGCCAUGCUGGAAGCAUACACAUCACAGAUAGACAACCUACUGCUUCCAAUGUACCUCUACAUACUCCUGCUGUUAUGAGGUCAAAGCCACUCUAACUCAUGUAUUUAAACACUCUUAUUAUGCCAAUGUACAGGCAUUAACUGCAUUAAAGUGAUGGUCCAAGUUCGAUACAAGUUAAGGCAUGUGACAAUGUUAAUUACCACAAAAAAUUAUUUCGACUCGCCCCUUCAUUAAAUUCAUACGAAAUUUGCAGUUCUUACAAUGGAAGUGAAUGUGGCCAGUCCAUAAAUGCUAAAAUACACACUGUUUCAAAAGUAUAACCACAAGAUGUAAACCCUUUAUUUGUUUAUACUUUACUUUUAUUGUGAUAAAAUUGCUUACCUUAUCUGUGUCAAGUUAUAUCCAAUACAGGAUUGCAGGGUUUUGUUGUCAUGACAACAAUGUUGUAAUAUUGCAUACGUUUUAAUAAGUUGUAAUGAUAUAUAUAACUUGACCCAGAUAAGGUUAAUAAGCGAUUUUAUCACACUAAAAUGAAUAAAUAUAUAUAUAUAUAUGUGUGUGUGU